CAGUUAGUACUAAGUGUAUACGUGUUUUCAGUGCUAAAUUGAAUACCGUCGCGCAUGGACGUAUUUUGUGUGUACCUCAUACCACAAACGAUUGUAUAUAUCCGUUAAACAAUUUUUUUUUCUCUUUUAUUAUACUUUUUUUUUUGUAAAGCACGGUGUGUGAACUCCAUUUGUUCUAAGUAAAUAUUUCUCAAAUCGAUCGAGUUACAGUGAAUGUGGUGAAUGCAUUUCAAAUAAAAGUUGCAUCUGAACUAAUUGUUUUCUUAUCGUUUAUCAAUAAUAAUUUGUGGACAAUAGAUUUUGAAUUGAAAAAUACAAAUAAUUUAGUUCAUUUGACAUUAUUUUAUCUUGAUAUUUUGGAUGAUCGGUUUGAUUUGUCGCUAUUUUGGUGUCACGAAAUUGCCGUUUCAGUAAAAGCAAGUAACCGGAUUAAAAAUGAGGCAAAUUGGCGCUGAGAAAGACGAUCCCCUCAAACGAAUUCAAGAGGAAAUCAAUGAAGUAGCUCGCCGCGAACGUGAACUACGUGAAAAAAUUGCUUUGGUUAAUGGUGAUGCAUCGCAAGCGAAUAACAAUGCACAAAACGACGUUAGUUCGGCACAAUCAGAUGAUUCCGGGGUGUCGUCAGCAUCGAGUCCCAUUAACGGUGUUUCGACGAAUGGUAUCAAGGAGACCAAAUAUAUUCGAUCGAAUACCAUCAAUCCAACAUCGACAAAACUGUAUGCCACCUCAAAUUUGACCAGAACAAUGUCUACGCCUCAGAUCUUUACGCCAGCGCGAUUUAACAUGUCUACGGGACAGAAAGGACUUAUGCAACGAUUUAUAGCGUCCAGGGGAAGGUUUGCUCUCGGAAACAACAAGCCAAAGGAUACAUUAAUGACUACUAUCGACCUUAACAGACCACCCACAUUUACACCAUCCAAUGAAGUAACACCCCCAAUUAUCGAGCGUGACGAAGCAGGUCGACCAUUGCGCCGAGGUUUUGUUCCUGUUGAAGAGAAGAUUCAAAACGAAUUACGUGAUUUGAAGACCAGAGAGUCGGAGCUGAAACGAUUGCGAAGGCAGAAUACAUCAAAGAUCAGCCAGUCCGAUGACGUUGACGAUUCAGUAGAAUAUGACUCCGGCGAAGAAUCAGACGAUGAACAUUGCUAUUCGCCAGGCACUUAUGUCGCAUCGCCGGGCAAACUACGAGCCUCCAAAUCGAUAGGUGAACUGUGUGAUUCACUUAAUAACAAUUCGAGUUUUUCGCCUAGUGAUUCGCCAAGCCCGCAAUUCAAUCGUCAUGGUGGUGGCGGUGGUGGCGGAGGAGGAAUGAGACCAGCACUAUCACUUGCUCAAUUGUGUAAUGUCGAACCGGACGAAGCACCCUCAUCUCAUCGAUUAAUUGCUCAGUGGGAAAAUAUAAUUCAACAGCAGCAGGAGGUUGCUUAAAACUUUAUGAUUAAACUAAAUUCCUUUUUUUUUGUGUGUGUCUGUGGUGUAAUUGUAUGACGACAGUGAAAGUAACGGACGAAAUUGAAUUUUGUCGCAAAAAAUGUUGAAAUUUAAAGUAAAAAGUAAGUGAAAUGUUACAGGUUAGAAUUGAUUUCGGUGUGGAAAUUUGAUUUUACUUUUUACUUUUACUUUUCUCCCCUAUACUACUGUCUCAAAACGAAGCUUAAUAGAAUCCAAGAACAUUAUAUUCCUACAAAAUGUAUCAGCAAAAUUAAAUAAACAAAAUUGUAUAAAUUAACAUUAGGUAAAUUUAAUAUUAAUUUGAUUUUCCAAAAAAA